AGUCACGGCUAAGACACCUUCCUAAGAAGCUUACUGAGUCCUGUCUGUCCCUCGCUGAUCAAUCCGCCUCACUGGAACAACUCCGCACAGAUCUACAGGAACAGCUACCUGCUGUGUGGAGGAAAAUUUCUCUUCUCUGGCGUGUCAGUGAUCCUCUGCAGCCAUGUGUGACCAGACGUUCAUGGCGGCCACUUUUGGCCCGUGUGACAACUGCAGCAAGGCGAGUCCUCUGAUGAACAUCUACAUUAAGACCGAGGCCAUCAACUACUGCUCCUUCUGCAUGGAAAUGAUGGCUUGUCAGGGGCUCCAGAAAGGGGAGACCCUGGCAUCCCUGAAGAAGGAGAGCGAGAGUCUGAAGAAGAAGCUGGAGGAGGAGCGGGGCAAGCUGAACGACGUGGAGCUGCAUCAGGUGGCCGAGAAGGUUGAGGCGGUGGCCGCGCUCUCCUUGAAGACCAGGCGUGUUCUGAAAGGUCAUGGCAAUAAGGUGCUGUGCAUGGACUGGUGCAAGGACAAGCGUCGCCUGGUCAGCUCCUCACAGGAUGGUAAGGUGAUUGUCUGGGAUGCAUUUACUCUUAAUAAGGAGCACGGAGUGACCCUGCCUUGCACAUGGGUUAUGGCAUGUGCAUAUGCUCCUUCCGGUUGUGCUGUGGCAUGCGGCGGCUUGGACAACAAGUGCUCAGUGGUCCCGCUGUCACUAGACAGAAACGAGAAUCUGGCAGCAAAGAAGAAGUCGGUCGCCAUGCACACCAACUAUUUAUCAGGAUGCUCCUUCACCAACUCAGACAUGCAGCUGCUGACCUCCAGUGGGGAUGGCACGUGUGCCCUGUGGGACGUGGAGAGUGGGCAGCUGCUGCAGAGCUUCCACGGUCACACAGCGGACGUCUUGUCCCUGGACCUCGCUCCCUCCGAGACCGGGAACACCUUUGUGUCCGGGGGCUCUGACAUGAAGGCCAAUGUGUGGGACAUGCGCUCGGGACAGAACAUCCAGUCUUUCGAAAGCCACGAGUCUGAUAUCAACUGUGUGAAGUACUACCCCAGUGGAGAUGCAUUUGCGUCUGCAUCCGAUGACGCCACGUGCCGUUUCUACGACCUGCGAGCUGACCGUGAAGUCGCCGUCUACCAGAAGGACAGCAUCAUAUUUGGCGCCUCCACUGUGGACUUCUCUCUAAGCGGUCGCCUCCUCUUCGCUGGGUAUAAUGACUACACCAUCAACGUCUGGGACGUUUUGAAGGGAACUCGUGUUUCUAUCCUUUUUGGCCAUGAGAACCGCAUCAGCAGGGUGCGGGUGUCCCCUGACGGCGCGGCGCUCUGCUCGGCCUCCUGGGACAGCAGCUUACGGAUUUGGGCCUAGAGUCGCCUAAAUGGCUCAGUUCAAGUGAACUCCACGGCGUCAGCUCUCCUGCCUGAUAUCAGCUCUCCUGAUUGAUGCCAAACUUCAGCUCCACACAGAAGUUCAAUCGCUUCCAAAAUGUGAAGAUGCAUCAGUUCAUCUACAACCGAAGCUGCACAUCUUAAACCUUGUUGUUAGUUGUCAUGGCUGAACACACAGGGCCUUCUAAAUGUUUUCAUACCCCUCCAACCUUCUGCAGAUUUCCUCACAGAAAUGUUAGGUGUCAGUACUCCACAAAUGAGUGCAUGAUUGUGACGUGGAAAGAAAAAGAUGAAUAGAUCAAUCCUCCCAUCAACUCUAACCCGUUUUCCUACCUCUGAUAAGGAAAAGCGUCACCACAGCAUGAUGCUGCCACCACCAUGCUGCACUGUGGGGAUGGCAUGUUGAGGUUUAGGAUUCUGUGCAGAGUCACACAGCGUUUUGCACCCAAAGGUUAACUUUUGGUCUGAUGUCGCCAGAGCUCUUUAUUCCACAUGAUUGCUGUCGUCUUGGCAACAGGACGACAGCAACCACACAGAGGUGGGCAACGGACUUCCUGCAGGGGGUAUCACACUACUGGGGGGUGAAUACAUAGCCCCGCCACACCUUCCAGACUUGAGCUUGUAAAGGAUUUUGAAAACUAUUCCCCCCUUUUCUUUGACUUCAUAAUUAUGCACUACUUCUUGUACGUAUAUCAGAUUUAAAUGAAACACAUUCAAGUUUGGGAUUGCAAUGUGACAACGUGAAAAAGUUUAAGCUUGUGCGCGUUUAAGGCACUACAUCCUGUAUCCUAUAUCAUUCCUUUCGAAAAUGUUUUAUCACUUAUGGAGAUGGUAGUUAUCAUCUAUUAUGUUGCUCACCGAUGUUGAUAUUGUCCAUAGAAGUCAGACUGAGAGAAAAAGAUCCUGGUAAAAGCAUUUUUAUGCACUGAAUGCUGCGAUGAAUGAAACAGUACUGACAAGCAUGUAAGAGCAAGAUGUUAGUUGUUCUUGUUUUGUUAUUUUAAAUGUAUUUAUUAGACUUAAGAUUAAUGGCUGCAUACCUGAAUUUUAGUCAGGAUCACGAGUUUUCCUUUCCAGCGGGUUGGGAAGCACAACUGAUGCACCUUAUGGCAUAAAGGAAGACAUAUUAAACAACCACAGCUGUUGCAAUGUUAAUAGAAGGUGUUUCAACUACUUUGAUCAUCACAAAUAAAAACAGUUGCAGAGUG